UAUGUUUAUUACGGGUAGACAAAUAUUCAGUGGGAUAUGCUAAAAAUAGAAACAGGAUAAUAUAUCAAACUUAAAACGAAUGGUGGCAAACAAACAGACAAAAUUUAAUAUGGCGGACAAGAUUUUGUUUACGUUUAUUUUAUGUGCGGGGAUUACAAGUUCAUUUGCGGGAACAUACUGCUACAACCAUGACGAUUCAUUUUGGUGUGACGAAGGCUGUUGUGGAAGUUAUGGUGAUAAAUACUGCUGUGCAAACGAGUCUGACGGCGCGUACGAGUCUGACGACAUUGUCGAGGUAAUUAUUGGCAUUGUUAUAGGUUGCAUAAUCUUUGUCGUUCUUGUUGUGUCAGUGGUGGUGGCCAUAUGCUGUUGUUGUCGUAAAACAAGAGGACGUACCGGACAGGUGUGUCAACCGGCUACAGCUCAAACAACUACAAUUCAAAUGCACAGUCCCCUGCCGUAUGGACAGGUAGGAUAUAACGGCGCCAUUAACAUGCCUGUUACAAUAAUGACGUCAAACGUGACUCCAGGAACAACGCAACAAUGGCAACAGCCGGUGGCUCCGCCAAAGUACGAAGACAUUGCUCCGAAACAAUGAGCAGAAAGACGUAUAACAAAACGAAAUAUAGAACAUUAUCUGACAUUGUUGAAGAUUUUCGAAUUUACAUUUUUACUAUUUGAUGUCUUAUUUGUUUUCGUCAUGCGUUCUAACUAUCGAUUAAUACGUUUUAGGUGUGUGCCAUUACACGUAACAAAUAUACAUUGUGAUAAGAGAAGGAAAAACCUACAACUUCAUCUAAAAUGAACUUUGUUAAAAUACAGAAAAUAAAUUAUUUUGGUUUCCUUA